CUGCAUCGUCACACAUCGCAGACUGGGUCGCUGGAAUAGGAGACAGUGCUGGCUACGAUGGCUCAGCUAGGUGAAAUGGACGCGAGAAGGGCCGAAGAGUCGAUGGGAAAGGAGGCGCAGCUGCCACCGGGCGAGCAGAGAAGAGGAGAUCCCGGCACAUCAGGUUCGGGAUGAAUUAACGGCAGCAAGCAAGUUCCAAGUAGCGUCCGCUCCCCUCAUUUCGAAGGCAGAUCGAUCUCCGAAGCUAAUGGACAAGUAUGAAUUCAAUCUUCUUAAGACAGCUGCUUCGACAUGCUCCGCGGUACCAAACCACGCGUUUCUCCAUUCUCCGAUCGCGACGCUAGAAGUACAGCUCGCGCUGAGAGCAAUCCAAGGUCAUGACAAUGCGGUGGGAUUCACUUCUUAGCUACGGUGCGCUCCUUGGAGCCGCACGCGCCUUGGACUGCUCGCCUGCUGCCAUCCAGUCGCUCUUGCCGUCGAACGCGAGCGUCAACUUCGCGUACCCCCUCAACGCGAACGCGACAUUCCAAGUCCCCCAAGGCGACACCGGAUACCCUACGAAUGCUGUCGGACUUCCGGCCCUCUGCGCUGUUUCGGCCCAAGUGCAAUCCAUCGGGAACACCACGUUCGGCUUCGGUCUGUUUCUGCCCGACGACUGGAAUGGCCGCUUUCUUGCCGUCGGUAAUGGCGGCUUCGCGGGCGGCAUCAAUUGGCUAGAUAUGGGACCCGGCAGCCGCUACGGUUUCGCUACCAUGUCGACCGACACCGGUCACAAUUCCUCGUCCGGCGACGGCGCUUGGGCAUACAACCAGCCGGGCAGGCUAGAGAAUUGGGGACAUCUGGCUAUGCACGGCUCUGUGGUCGCGGCGAAGACUAUCACGGCUGGCUACUAUGGGAAAGAUACGUCGUACAAUUACUAUGCGGGAUGCUCGACGGGUGGCCGCCAGGGCUUGAAAGAGGCGCAGAUGUAUCCGGAGGACUUCGAUGGCAUCAUCGCCGGAGCGCCCGCAUGGUGGACCUCCCACCUGCAGCCCUGGACCAUAAAGGUAGCGCUGUACAACCUCCCCACCACGGCAGACUACCACAUCCCCCCAGCACUAUUCCCCACCAUCGGCAACGAAGUCCUCAAGCAAUGCGAUCCCCAGGACGGCCUGACCGAUAACAUCAUCUCAGACCCAUACGGCUGCAACUUCCGCCCCGAAGAGCUCCUCUGCGGCGCAAACGUAACCAACGCCACCACAGCAGGCUGCCUAACCUCUCCACAAAUCGACACCCUGUACAAGAUCUACAGCGAUUCCUGGAGCGAAAACCAAACCUUCACGUUCCCGCACCUGAACCUGGGCAGCGAAGCCCAAUGGCUGCUCCUCUCUGGCUCCAGCCCCAACAGCCUCGGCACAGACUACGUGCGCUACUUCCUCGGCUUCGGCGCAGACUGGUCCUUCUACGAUUACAACGAGAGCAUCCAGCGUCUGGCCGAUCAAGUGGAUCCUGGGAAUGCGACUGUGAAGUUCGACCUCUCGGCCUUCCAUGCCAAAGGCGGAAAGAUUCUCUCGUAUCACGGCAUGUCCGAUGGCCUAAUUCCGACGGGCUCGACGCCCUACUUCUACAACCACGUCGACCGCACGCUCAAACCACGCGGCAUCGAUGUCGACGACUUCUUCCGCUUCUUCUUCGUCCCCGGCAUGGGCCACUGCGCGGGCACCUUUCCCAACGUGAAUGCGCCGUGGUACUUCGCGGGUGCGAGUCAAGCGCAAUCCCUGGGUCCGACCGUCUACGGCGUGCCUGGAUUCGAGGACAAGGAGCAUGAUGCUGUGCUCGCGAUGAUGGCGUGGGUGGAGCAGGGUAUUGCGCCGGACCACAUCAUCGGGACCAAGUACGCUAAUGAGACGCUGCAUACGGACGUGAUGAGGCAGCGGCCGCUGUGCAUGUAUCCGAAGCAGGCGAUGUACAAGGGGAGCGGAGAUGUAGAUGAGGCGGGGAGUUGGGAGUGCAAGAUGUUGUAUUAGACCCAGACCUAGACCUAGGCUGCGCACCAUAUAUGCAAAUACUAAUAGUACAAUUUCGUC